AUGGACUUGAAAAGAAGCCGUUUUCCAGAAGAAACGAUCCUCGCCUUUGUGGAUGUGAUUUCGAGCCUCUCCCUAUGCAGUGUUGACAUUGACGACAUCCCGGCUGCCAUGCAAAAUGUCUCCUCAUCGGAGCGCAAGGCACACCAGCACGAUCAGCCCUCCUCCGAACGCUACUUCCAGCAUAGAUCUGAUAGCUACGCGGGCAGUACGGCCUCUUCCGGCCAUGAGGCUCAAGCUGGAAUCACCCAGGACCCGAUGAUGGUCGAGUCGGCCAACGGUGUCAGCGCUGGACGUGCGAAUGCGAUCGGAACCCUGGCCCGAAUUAUAUGCAGCAAGCGCUCCUCCGAAUCCCUUCCAAACGCGCACCUUGCCCAAUUUUACGCCAUGGUUUAUGAAGCACUUGUGGAGAAGGAUCGGCUCGUGCUGUGCUCCCUUUUUUACUAUGGUCAUUCGCUCUUCCGCUUGGGUCUCCCCGGCGUUGAGGCAUUGCUGCCGCAUUGGCUCUUCGCUCUCGAUGUCAUCCUAAUCGAGAGCAGCAAAUUGAGACUUCAUCCCUCUUUCCCGGAAACCGACAUCCGAACCCAUUGCCUUCGGUCCCUGGCCACGGUCAUCAGCUGGCCCACCGUCUAUGGCAUGACGAAAAUGACGCAAUCACCGGCUGGCGCGAAUCUGAAGUCAGCGGCCGCCACCUAUCUCCACCUGCGCCCCAGAAUGUACAAAACAUUAAUCUUCAGCCUGCGCAACGAGACCGACGCCGCCAAUUUGCAGCAGACUCUUGCGAUGACGUCGAUUCUCGUGGUGGAAAGCGCCGCUUAUGACCUUGGCCUCAGCGAAGAACAAGCAAAGGAUAUGAUGAGAAUUUCUGCAUCACUCAGCCAGAACCAACCCGAGAAAGGCCUCUGCGGCUCGUUCGUCCGUGGCCUCAUCUCGGCCGUUUGCGACCGGUUGUCACGUCCGGAAUGGGCUGGCGACUUCUCCAUCUGCCUUUCGGCUAUUGACGUCCUUCACACAAUCUCUUCAUUACACCAGAGCGUCCUCUUCUCGAAUCGGGAUAUGUCUGCCGGUUCGUUGAUUAUCUCAUCGCUGUGCCGCUUCAUCGAGACGCAGCUGAUGAAGCCGCCCCCGCUUCAUAGCAAGGAUCUGCACUCAAGCGUAGUCGCUGCAUAUUCUUGCAUCGUCGCCUGGUUGGUGGCGGCGCCGAUGCUUGCUGAAUGCGAGAGCGUCUUGAAUACGGUGGCCGAAGCAGUGCAGCUCGGCGUGACAGGGGUCCGACGGCACGACGAGAAAACGGUGGAACGGAAGGCGGCUAGCAAACGUGUGCUGGACGCUGCCGAAUAUUUGCUGUUCUCGUUGUUUUGUGUAGUUGGCCGGAAGCCGUCACCGAUCGGAGAUGAAGCCCGACUGGCGCAAGAAUACGGCACGUCUGCCAUCGAUCUCUCGAAAUUCGCUCAUUUCCUUGUCAACGGCGAUACUCUGCUGUCAAUUCAUGAGGCGACGCAUAUACCGGAGGUCUUCAAAGGUUCCGCAUGCGUUUUGUACGUGCGUAGGACACCGAUGCAGGCAGCGACCAUUGGGAUUGGCAGACUUUUGCCUACUUCUGAAGCCCUGGCUGCAGGUGGAUUGCAAGAAAAAUCUGGAAAUGGACCGACGAAGGAUGGGCCGUCGAUAUCCAGCAGCGGCGCGUCAACGCCCACCACUCCCUCAAGCCUCGUAGCGCCUCCAGUGGCUCGCCAACCAGCUCCACAACCGCCUAGCCUGGCUGAGCAGUUUGUGAUUCCGGAGGAGUUCCAUAAAAGCUGCUGUAAACUCGACUCAUCCCUGGCCGAACUCAAGAUGACCCCCGAAGUAGAAGCCAUCAUGUCAAAAUUAUCAGACCCAAAACCCACGCGCCACGACGAACGUAACAUCUGGGCUGCCCUAACUGAAGAACAACGAAAAGCAACCCCGGUCCAACCUGCCGCCACCUGCGAUUCCCUACGCAUAUUCCUCUACGACAUGGGCCUCGUCCACAAAGACAUCUUUGGAUCUGAGCUCAUCUACCUCGAUCCGGCCCAAAGUCCGAGCUUCUACCACGACCUCCACAGAGUAGUCGACAGCUGCCCGGCGAGAACCCUCCAAACUGUCCAUAUUUUCUAUGUAAAAGUCGGCCAACGAAGCGCUGUCGAUAUUCUAGAAAACGCGCUCAACAUUCAGAACACAUCAUCUGAAUUCUGCACGUUGUUGGCUGAACUUGGCGAAGGCGUCGAAGUUGGUCAGCAUGGCGGCUGGACCGGACAUUGGAGCACUGCGUACGCUUCUCAUCAGGGGCCGACGCAAGAGCGCAGCGUCAUUGAUCACUAUAUUUUGGAUGGAAUCACGCAUGCGUUGUCCUGGACCGGACCCACGGCCGAGAUCGCUUUUAUAACGCCUUCGGAGCGAAGUGUCCGGAUUUUUAAGCAAGACCUGCCGCCACCGACGUCGGCUCGUCGUGCUUCGCUGAAAUCGUAUUCUGGGCAUACGUCGUCGGAAGAUGCGUUGCAGCCACGUUUGGAUCCAUACUACGGAGCAAGAACAAAGAGCAACAUCUCCACGAUGAGCAGCGACAGCGAAUUCCCGACACCAUCGUCGACGUCACAGAGUGGUGCGGCGCGGCGAAGCGGAGAGCUACGCAUCUUGACGGUUUGGUUGGAACGCCAAGAGGACAUUGGCCACUUCCCGAUUGAUGAUCUGCUACCAACAUGCGACGAUGGAGCUGAAAAGCUGACGAACGGUUCUUCUCCGCUGCCGACCGCAAAGCCAUCCUACAUCAUCAUCUUCCUCUAUUCCGUCGAGCCGGGCUUGGUUCAAGUAGCUUUCCGAGGGACACCGACGAGAUUCGGCGACCCGGGCCCACUUAUUGACGGUGUCGUCGUCUCUGCUUUGUGCUUACCCGCCCUGCUUCGUUUGACCGUCCUCAAUAUCACAAACCGUAGCGUUGCCGAGGCGGAAAACCAUCAAAUGACCCACAUCAAACGCCGACAAGCCAUUGCCGACUUUGGCAAACGCUACGCAUCCCCCAUGAAAUAUGAAGAUUUCCUGAUCAAAUUGAUGCAACGCAGC